AUGAAUUGGACCACUAAUGUUGUGGUUUACUCCGCUCUGAUUCGAUUAUUUCGGCUGCAAAUUCCAUCAAUUAACGAAGCUAUAUUUAUUUUGUACCAAGUUUUUCCUGAUCUUUUCGGAUUCCGCUAUUCAAAAAUUUUGAAAUCUGAUGUCAGGGUUGCUUCUUUUGCAUUCAGUCCAGAAAAGACAUUGCUAGGGCUGCGUUUUGUAAGGUGUUACCGGUGGCUGGAUUCUUGUUGCGGAUAUGGUCCGUGGGAUUUGGUGGACGAUGAAGGCGGAACGCAUCGAAUGUCAUUGAACGAUAGUGAAUCAAUGAGAAAAGUUUCCGAAUCUUUAUCAAGUUAUCGCUUGAGAGCUUUCCCAUCAUCACAGUCGUUUGUUUAG